AUGAAUACACAUAAUAUGUUGGGCGUUGUUUUAAAUGAUAUACUUCACACGGUUGCGCCCUCGCAAGAAGAUUGGGAGAUACGGCUUGCAAUUAUAAAUGAUUUGCGAAGCACUGUUGAAUCUGUGGAAAGCCUGAGAGGAGCAACUGUUGAACCAUUUGGGUCAUUUGUAUCUAAUAUCUUCACGCGAUGGGGUGACUUGGAUAUUUCAAUUGAGUUAUUAAAUGGCUCCCAUAUUGCAUCUGCUGGGAAAAAGCAAAAACAAACGUUGCUGGUAAAUUUCCUAAAAGCUUUGAGAAUGAAAGGUGUAUGCACGCACUUUCAGUUCAUCCCCCAUGCAAGAGUUCCCAUUUUAAAAUUCAAAAGCGUCCGACAAGGCAUAUCUUGCGAUGUUUCAAUCAAUAACCUUCCUGGGCUGAUGAAAUCCAAAUUUUUGCUUUGGAUCAACAGGAUAGAUGUCCGCUUUCAUGAUCUGGUUUUAGUGGUCAAGCAAUGGGCCAACGCACAUAAAAUCAAUAACUCUAAGACUGGGUCUUUCAACUCCUUUACUCUCAGUUUACUUGUAAUCUUUCACUUUCAGACAUGUGUUCCUGCAAUUUUUCCGCCACUGAAAGACAUAUAUCCUACCAAUAUGGUUGAUGAGCUGAGAGGUGUUAGAGUUGAUGCAGAGAAUCUUAUUGCAGAAACCUGUCAUGCUAACAUAAACAAGUUCAUAUCAAAUAAGUUGAGGCCAAUCAACAGAAGUUCUUUACCUGAACUUUUUAUUGAUUUUCUAAGAAAGUUUGCUCAAAUAGAUUCAUGGGCUGCAGAGUUUGGAAUUUGCACUUAUACGGGACAUUCGGAACGGAUAGAAAACAACAUGAGAUGGUUGCCCAAGACUUCUGCAAUAUACGUUGAGGAUCCUUUUGAGCAGCCGGAAAAUUCAGCAAGAUCAGUCAGUGCAGGACAGCUGAAAAAGAUAGGUGAAGCAUUUCUAACGACGUACAACUUACUUAUAUCAAACAAUCAGAAUCAAAGCUCUAUCCUGACCCAAUUAGUACCACCACAUGUGUUGAGAUUUAUCGCCAGACCUGUCAUUCCUUAUUAUAAUGGCAGGCCUUCCAUUCCAAAUUACAACAGCGGUUACCCUCUUCUAACUCAACCACAGGUCCAGAGGGGAGUGCUCCCACACCCACAUUCAGAACGCCAUGCUCAAAAUGGCAGGCAGGGAGCCAGCUCCAACGGUUCGACUUCAAAGCGAGGAGCCAAUUCCAACGGUUCGACUUCAAAGCGAGGAGCCAAUUCCAACGGUUCGACUUCAAAGCGAGGAGCCAAUUCCAACGGUUCGACUUCAAAGCACAGAGCCAACUCUAAUGGUUCGACUUCAAAGCAAGGAGCAAGCUCCAAUGGCUCUACUUCAAAGCAAGGAGCAAGCUCCAAUGGUUCAACUCCAAAGCCAGGAGCAAGCUCCAAUGGCUCAACUUCAACUAUACCUACGAAAGGUCGUCAAGGUACGCAGCAGCAGGCGUGGAGGCCAAAGGCCCAUACCCAAGCAUAG